AGGCGGCCUGUUUGACAUCUGGGCUACCUUUUUCCUGCAUCUACAUAUUGCAUCUAAUAAGUCAUGUUUUCAUUCCUAAUUUUAAUAAAAUAUGAUCACAAAUCGCAUAAAAUACAGUAAUUCAUUCAUUAAACGUUUUAAACCAUAUGACUUUCAUGCAACUAAUAAUGCAUCUAAUAAAUCUAAGAGAAAACAUCACGCUGGCUGGCAGCGUGCACUUAAACAGACACCUUUAUAUCGUACAACCAUUCCUGUUAUUGUCACUUCAAACUGCCGUUCACUUCCCAACAAAAUUAUGCAUCUCCAGUCUCUCUUAUCAUCUGAUACUUAUCACAAUACGGCGAUUGUUGCAUUACAAGAAACAUGGCUCCAUGAACUCUAUGAUGACAAUCUGGUUUCCCUAAAUGGUUUUACAUUGUUUAGACAAGAUCGACUAUGCUCCAGAAAGAAAAGAGGUGGAGGUGUUGCAACUUUCAUUCAUUCUCAAUGGUCAACUUCAAAUAACGUAUGUUUUUCUUACUCUAAUGACUUUAUUGAUUGUAUAACGGUCAAAUGCCGCCCGAAACACUUAUCCAAAUUCAAAUACGUCUUCAUCUCUAACAUUUAUGUUACUCCUGGCUGUUCUGCAUCUGAUCUAUCUGAUUUUGCUGAUGAAUUCACUGAAUUCGCCGUUACACAUCUUGAAAACUCUUUAUCAGUUGUCACAGGAGAUUUUAACUGCUGUGAUUGUUCUUUCCUCGUAUCAUUAGGUCAUGCCAAUAUUGUUAAAUUCCCUACUCGACUUGAUAAAACCCUUGACCUGGUGUUCAUUAAUGAUGAGGAAAUAUAUGAAGUACGCCGACGUGCUCCUAUCAUGAACUCAGAUCAUUGUAUUAUUCGGAUAUUACCUAAGAUAUACAGCAGAUCUCACUUUAAUAUCUUCUCAAAUCUGUCCAAGAAAACACAGCAAAGGUGUUACUCACAAGAAAAUAUGCUCAAACUAAGAUGCAUGCUAAAUGACACUAACUGGGAACUUUUCAACGAACACAAACUGGAUGAUACUAUUUCCAAUUUGACUGACUAUCUUAAAUUCUGUCUUGAUAUAUGCUGUCCAAAACAGAUAAUUUUCAAAAGAAUGGAUCGUUUUUCUUCCCCUCAUCUCAAAAAACUUCGUAGAGAAAAAGAGAAGCUGUACAAGACAAAGAAUAAAUCUGGUCUUAAGAAGAUAAACACCCAAAUUAAAUCUGAAAUCAAGAGACUAAACAACAUUUAUAAUCAAACAAUACUAUCUUGUAAAACCUCAGAAAACAUAUGGAAGCUUUUUAGAGAAAUUACUGGUUGUGCUUCCAUUUGACUUUUUGAAUGAGAAUGAAUAAUGUGGAUAUUUGACCAUUUACAAUGACA